GCGGCUUACAAAAGUUAACAUCUUUAGUGCUGUUUUAAAAAUAGUAUUUUCAGCUGUAUUAUUUAUUAUUACUGUAUUAAUCCUCACAAUGUACCACUAAAGUAAAACAAAAGCACCCAUUCUUAGUCAAAUAAAUGCCUUCUUCCUCAUAUUCUGGAUAAUCGAUAUCAAUUUCUCUUAUUAAAUCGUGAGAAAUGAUGUAUAUUUUAGUCUGCCAAGAUUUUGAGAGCUAAUAUGAUCAGGAUAAACAAAUGUCCUUACUACAAAGGAGGACAAGAUGGGGAACCCAACUGGACUGGUUUGUACCCAGAAAUCGAAAACGAACAGCAAGAAUAUCAAACAGAAUUUGGACGGCAGCAGAAUCAGCAAACGCAAUAACUAUGCCAGCACACUUAAAGAACUGGCUGAGAUGCUGCCCAUCCCAUUGCAGACUGGCUGCAAGAGGUUGACAAAGAAGGAAAUUAUCUUCCGCGUCCUCCGCUACAUUGAACACUUACAGUCAAGCAUUGAUACUGCCAAAUCGCUGCUCCGAGUCAAUUCGGAGGGAUCAAAAGCAGAAGAGACAAAGCAGGUGGUGAUACCUGUCAUAAAGAGAGGACGAAGAGAAGCCACACCACGCACAAAGAAAACCGAGCCACUGAAUGUUGGCAAGAAACCUAGGAAGAGGAAACGCGCUCGCAGAGCAGAGCGGCGAAGUGUGAUCAGGAAAGCACGCAAGUGCCUUUCUCUGGAGGCUGAGAACAUCCCUUCCCAAGCUGAUGUCCACAGGGAGGAGAGCGUGUUUGCUGCGGGAAAAGAGCCCUUGGUUCUUUCAUCCUCUCAGGAGCCUACGCCUUUCUUUCCCAGCCUCGAAGUUCUAGUGUCAGAAUCUCACCAGCCUACAGACUGGAACUUGGAUAGCAACCAACAGGAAUGCAAAGAGGAAGAGACGGCAUUUUCUGUGUGUGCAGCACAAGUUGCCUACAAUGAGCAAUAUCAGCAGGAGUUGGUAUAUUAUAAUUCUUCUUAUGAGGAGGAAGACGAAGAAGGACCCAGAGCCAGCCCUUGGCUCUCAGCCCAGUCUCCAGUGGGGAUCACACAUGAGAGUUUGCAGCUGUUCUCUCCUGGGACUGGGACCCAAAGCAACAGUUGUUCAGAUUUGGGGCUGAGCCCUUCGCUUUUCUCCUCUCCUUCUCGGCUGCUCCCCAGACACAUCCUCCAAGGUGGUCAGGAGGCACUUUCCCCAGUGUUGUUUGAAGAUGUUUAUCUAUCCCCUCAGUCCAGUAAUUUUUCUCAGACCCUUUCAAGAACCCUCUUGAGGAAGUCAGCACUCACAAUGGAUCACUGCUACCUUUCCUACAAUGAAAUGGGUAAAAGCAAUCCCAGCCCCGUGUCAAGAGUGAAUGAGAUAGCAUCUUCAUCAUGGCACAAACCGUUCUUUAAAGAGGAGGCUGCCACCCUCAGGCCUGAAUGCCCCAUGUCCUCCAGUGAUGAGAACAGUGACAGCACCUGGGUGCCAUGCAAGAGGGCCAGGAAGCCACUUCAGGUAGCCUCUCAGAAGAAGAAGAAGAAAGUGGUCAGGAGGCAGAAGUGCCAGGCCUUAGCCUGUGAGAAGCACAGUAGCUCCUCUCCUCUGAAGCUGAAGAAGAAAUGUGUGAAUGGGUUUAUCAUGUUCUGCCGCCUGAAUCGCAAGCACUUCAUCCGGGCUUAUCCUGGCAUGGCUUCUACAGAGGCUACUAGAGAGCUGGCCCAGCUGUGGCGUGUGAUGACGAAACAGGAGCGGAAGCCAUAUUGCCUGAAAGCCCGUAGAUUCAGCCUCCUCAACAAUCGCAUUGUGAGAGAUGACUUCUCCAGUGGGGAAGAUGACCUAGAGCCUCCCAAGCCUUUCCAUCUGCUGCUGGCUGAGAAAUCCAUCCCUAACACUCAGUUCUUCCAUGAUUUGUCUUUACUGGAGCUUAUCCCCUGAUGCUUUGUGCAGUACCGGUAAUGGCAUAUCCCUCCACUGGGAAAAUGGCACCUAUCUUUGGUCAGUUAGCAAUAAUGACUGAGUUUCCCAGUUAAUGUGUUUGCAAGGUAGUGCUUGUCUUCCCCUUCUGUGGCAAACAGGGCCUUCAUGUCUAGGGCACCAUAGAGCAGUAGCGUAGUGGUGAAGGAUAGGACUGGACUCCCUUUGUGGCCACCCAUAAUGCAUUAGUCCCUGCUCCCCCCAUUUGCUGCUCCUUUCUACUGCUUAACAAUGCCCUGCACCCUGCCAGCACUGUAUUAUCAUUUGCUGUGCCUUCAGUUUCCAGACGCUGGUUGCUGAAGGGAAGGAAAAGCAUACCCACAGCCACAAAAGUUGGAUGUGCACCUUCAUUACUUCCAGUUUACCUACUUGCCACCCUUUAUGUACUAUGCACCUAUGACAACCCAAAGCUGAUCUGUGAUGUUUUGGGUCAUGGCGCUAGCCAGCCACUGACCAUAAAGGGAUGGGAAAUCUAUGAAAGUGGAAGACACGGCAAUGCUGACCACUAGUGAUCACUUUGCUUUAGGUAUUUAUGUGGGCCUUAGGGCUUGAUUGGCAGUGCUGAAAGGAGUAGGCAUAAUGUUGAGAAGGAGAAAGAUCUCUGUGUUGUUGUUGUUUUUUAAAUACCUUGUUUUUCUAACCAUGACUUUUCUUAAAUGUUGUCUAGUGGGCUGGAAAAGUGAGAAUUUUUUUUAAAAUGUAUUGUCGAAGCUUUUAUCUUGUCUUUCCAUUCACCAGAACUUAAGCUGAAGUAGUAUGUUUUAUGCUAUGCAGCCCAGCUGGUUUAGUUAGCCUUAACCCAAAUGGCUGUUUUUUAGGUCCACGUGGACAUGGAAAAUUUGACUCUUUGUUAUGUAUUAAGUUGCUUUGUUGUGUACAUUUGUCGUUAUCUGUAGACAAUUGAAGUGUUCAUAAUUUGCUCUGGAAAGCAUUGGAUCCCUAUAUAACAUUAUACUGUAUGUGCCUGAAUGUCAAAGUUCCAGAGGAAGGAAUAGUGGGGUAGACUGGAUCUAUAGUUUGGUGAAGUCAGAAGGUUUCAGAGAGACUGUGAUCUUACAAAGCUGAGAAUGCAGAAGGUCAGGACUGCAGUUGUGAAGGCAUAGAUCAGGGUGUCUUCAUGUUCUGGUCGGUUUUUAUCUUGACAGGGGAAGAACUCCUCAUCCGGCCUUCCAUUCCUUGCCUCCACAUUUGCAAUCUGUUUGUGUUUCAAAUUCUGUUACGUGCUUGAAUGGGUUUUUCCCAAUAUUGUAUUUAUCUAUUUAUAUAUUUAUUCAUAGUUCUUCUGCACCUCUAUUUAUAUUUAAAAUAAUUUUAAAUGAAAUUGUAAAUGAAAUUUUAAAUAAAAAUUUAAAUGAA